UUAUAACGAAGUCUUUUUCUAUUAGUCUGUCAGACAGACUAUUUUCGUGAUUAACAUCAAAUUUUUUUCCUCUGUAACUUUCCAAGUUGCGAAAGAACGAUGUCUGAAGCUUGGAAGAUGACAGAAUUAAAGGAGAACAAGAAAUGGAAACUAUUUCACGCCACGGAUUUCAUUUCGCUGGUGUAACCUUGCCAUUUUAUCGCAAAUAUAUUCGAAUCUUUUCCUUUCAAAUGUGUCUCUUCAGGAUAUAUCUUUUCAAGAAUUCGUGUCAUUCAUUCAAUGACCAUUUUGGCCAUGUUCCUGAUCGCGGUAUUCUAUUUGGUAUACGAAAUUGAUUUCACCUCACCGGUAUCCAAUACUCUACCAAGGAAACUGUAUCAGAGUUCGUAUCUCAUCAUGUGUGGAAACGCUGUCUUGUUAACGUACGGGCAACAUAAAGCGAUACUGCGCUUUCUUCAGGAGCUCACUGAGGCGUCCUCCACGGUCGCACCAAAGGACUUCAACGACAUGGCGAUAUUCGUUCAUUCAAAGGAUAUUUUUGUAUUUUUGUUUCUCUCAAGUCACGUCUUCAAUUGCUUUAAAAGUGGAUUCACGUUUAUGACAGUGAAAAAUUUUACCGCUCCAUUCAUGAUCUUGGUGAACUUCAUUAUGGACAUGUUCUACAUUAACUCGGCAUGCGUUUUAAAAGCAUGCUUCAUGAAAAUCAACGAAAAUCUUGAUAUAUUUCGAAAACCCAUCACCAAGACAUUUCUGCGCCACAAACAGAGGACUGCUUUGUUGCUGAUGAAAUUGAAGAAUUUAGAGGGGAAACAUCCGCAGGUUGUUUGUACAAUUACUGAACAAAAUAUUUAUCACGCAACUCAUAGUAACAGCUGUCACGACGUUUAUUGUUGUUACUUUUGAUUUGUACUUCUGUUUAGUACGAGUCAGCGGUGGGGAAGUAGGUCGGAAAAAUCUACACUUGUGAUCCUGGCCCUAUAUUCCUCCUAUCGUAUAUAAUUUUCUUUUUGUUACGAUGAUUUGGGC